GCGUAGAAAUGUUUGAGAGAAAAGGGGGACAUGGAAUGGGGGGGUUGGCCCUGGUUAAAUGACAGGCUUUGGGGGUGAAGAUAUUUUUGGGGGGUGGGGAUUGGGGUAUGUCGCAGGGGCCUUUAACCUGCAGCCAGGAGGGGAGGGGCGGAGCGGGGGUGGGGGCCGUGGGCGGGGAGGGAGCGAGAGAGGGGGCCUCCCAUUGCGGACAGUCUGCUGGAGCCCGCCCUGCUGUCCGCCGUACAACCUCUGCGGCUGUAGGGAGGAGGGGCUGGGAGCCGGCUGCAGUGCGGAGACCCGAAGCUCAGGAGCUGCCGCCGCCGCUGCCGCUGCCGCUGCUGGUGCUGCUGCUGCUGCUGCCCCUGCUGCUGCUCUCAUUGCUGCCGCCACUGAGCUCUCUCUCGCUGCAUCGCAUCCAGGUUUGAAGAUGGCUUCUUCUUCAUCCUAUAACCUAGAAGAAGAUGAGAGCCUGAAAGGAUGUGAACUCUAUGUUCAGAAGCAUAACAUUCAACAGCUUUUGAAAGAGUGCAUUGUAAAUCUUUGCAUCUCCAAACCUGAUCGUCCCAUGAAGUUUCUUCGGGAGCAUUUUGAAAAAUUAGAAAAGGAGGAAUGCAAGCAAAUCUUGGCUCGUCAGAAGUUGAGUUCCCAGUCGGAUUCCCAUGAUGAUGAAAUUUCUCCUCCUCCUCCAAAUCCUGUUGUGAAGGCACGUUGCAGACGAGGUGGUGUGAGUGCCGAAGUCUACACUGAGGAGGAUGCUGUCUCCUACGUGAGAAAGGUGAUUCCCAAAGACUACAAAACGAUGACUGCCUUGGCGAAGGCCAUCUCUAAGAAUGUGCUCUUUGCUCACCUUGAUGACAACGAGAGGAGUGACAUAUUUGAUGCCAUGUUUCCUGUCACUCAUAUUGCUGGAGAAACAGUCAUACUGCAAGGAGAUGAAGGUGAUAAUUUCUAUGUCAUUGAUCAAGGAGAAGUUGAUGUGUACGUAAAUAUGGAAUGGGUGACCAACAUUGGUGAAGGAGGUAGUUUCGGAGAACUUGCACUGAUCUAUGGUACACCGAGGGCUGCCACUGUCAAAGCCAAGACUGACCUCAAACUUUGGGGCAUUGAUCGGGAUAGCUACAGGCGCAUCUUGAUGGGCAGCACUCUGAGAAAACGGAAGAUGUAUGAGGAAUUCCUGAGCAAAGUCUCCAUCUUAGAAUCACUGGAUAAGUGGGAACGACUGACAGUGGCUGAUGCACUGGAAACUGCCCAGUUUGAAGAUGGAGAAAAAAUUGUGGUUCAGGGACAACCAGGGGAUGACUUUUUCAUCAUUACGGAGGGCACUGCUUCUGUUCUUCAGCGUCGGUCUGAUAAUGAGGAGUAUGUGGAGGUUGGAAGGCUUGGGCCAUCCGAUUAUUUCGGAGAGAUAGCUCUGUUGCUCAACAGACCUCGGGCUGCCACUGUGGUGGCCCGGGGACCACUGAAGUGUGUGAAACUUGAUCGUCCUCGUUUUGAGCGAGUCCUUGGUCCCUGCUCUGAAAUCCUGAAGAGGAACAUUCAGAGAUACAAUAGCUUCAUCUCCCUUACUGUUUAAGGGAGUCCUUCCUCCUUCCUAACCCUCUCCAAUAUCUGCCUGCCUUUUAAAUGUUAACCUUGUGACUCACAGGUUUGACCUGAACCAUUUCAUAGCUUUAUCAAGUCAUGUGGUUUUUGGUAACUUUUUGUUUCUGUCUGAUGCACUUGAGAGAACUGACCAUUUUUUAUGUCAGAGAAGACAAACAGAUUUGGAUGAGGUUUGCGUUUUGACACCUUGGAUGAAUUCUAAGUUGGGACUCACAUAAGUGGAAAUAAAAUACUCAUCUUAUACAUUUUGUUUGUUUGUUUUAAGUACAAGCCCAAAUAAUCAUUUACUCUUUUAUAGAUAUACUUCAUCCCAAUCAGUCUUUACAACAGUCCCAUGAGGUAGGGAAUGCAUUGAUCAUUGUCCCAUUUUAUAGGUGAGAAGACUGGGGAAUCAAUGAGAAUAAACAAUUGUCCAAGGGAGCACACCUAGGAAAUGUCAGUAUGAACGUAAAGCCAGGUCUUUCACUGAUAAUUCAUUGCUUUUUCCAGUCUACCAGACUGACAAAAAAAGAACUAUCCUGUCUUUUAGCUAAUUUGAUCAAGAGCUGGUAUUUGUCUAAUCAGAAAAGGAGAGAGCAAUAGCAUUCUAGAAUUAUCCAAUGUUGAACCCUAGAUCGUUCUGCUUGUUAUUUGAACUGGAAGUCUGCUUUCUAACUGGUUUGCGACUGAGGACUUUAAAGGAUGAGUUUGUUAUUUUAUGGACAGAAUUGUAGAGGCAAUAGUGCCUGAGUUGGAUGGGCCUCUUUAACAUUAAAAGUGGGGGGGGGGGGAGAAUACUAGUAAUAACAGAUGUUUUAGCUUUUCUAUUUUUAACUCUACCAAGAUGUAUUCUUCCACCACCUCAAUUGUUAGAAUCCUUGAGCUAGGUUAUCAAGUUUUCCUUGAGAUAGCAUUAUAAUCCAUAGAGGGGAUGGCUUUGUCUCUCUUUCCCAGAAUUUACCAUCCAGUUGGGAAGACCUGACAAACUAAUACAAAUAAAAAAAUAACAGAUGAAUUUUUCCUCUUUCCUUGCUCUCUCCCCUUAGUUCUACUAGAUUUAGGUCCCAGGGACUCAGCUCCUUAUUAAAGGUCGGGGAAUCAUCUGGAAGCUGCAUCCCCCCACUAUCUAAACCCAAACUCCAUGUUGACUUGUAGUCAAAUGAAAUCAAUAAACAUUUUUUAAGUGCUUUAUUUGCAUCAUGCACUGUGCUAGGCACUGGGGAUUCAAAGAAAGACAAAAAAAUAGUCAAAAAAGUUACAUUCUAAUGAGGGAGACUUAUACUUAAUUUUAAUGUUGAUUUUAACCCUCUUUGAUGCCUCUUCUGCACAGAGGUGACCUUAGGCUUGCACAGCCCAUAUGAGCAGAGAGCAAAACUCUGGUAAGUCCUACCAAACUGGAAAGUACAGAUCCCAGGCAGAGGUCUCUGUCAUCUAAGGAUCAGCCUGGCUAAUUAGCUUCAUAGAAGCUUAUCACCGGAGGGCUGGGAAACAAGUGAUGGGAAUUUGUGUGUGUGUGUGUGUGUGUGUGUGUGUGUGUGUGUGUGUGUGUGUGUGUGAUCUAUAGUCAAGCGUAUGCAAUCUGUGUUGGUUAAGAGGAAUACCCAUCUUAACGGAAUCAUUGAUAAAUGUUGAGGUAUUAAAUAGUUAUAGUAAUAGACCUCUAUAGAAUCAGUCAAUGUUUAAAUAACUGGGGUGAGAUGGGGAGCAGAAAAUGGAAAUGGGGAGAUUUAUGUGUGUGUCCAGAGUCAAAAAGGUGGUCCAGGUGUUGCUCAGCCCUGAAGAAAUAGAAAAAGAGAGUAAAUAACUCAAAACUCUCAGUAAUGUAACCUGCCUACCUACCUUUCGUGGGUGACAAGAUACUUUUAGAUAACUGCCCGAGUUAAAUAUUUGAAUAUUUAAUUAAAUAAUUGGAUUUUCCUAGGGAAUCAGAGAUUGGGAGAGAUUUCAGAGGGUAUCCAUUCUGACUUCCUUCCUAAUGACUAAGUUCUCUUUUAGUGCCCAUGAGAACAAUUAAUUGCCAGUCCAGUGGAUUGGAGUCAAUUAAAAUAUUUUGUGGCUGGAUCACGUUCAUUUGAUUGGAAAGGUAAAUGCUUCUACAGCAAAUAAUCAUGAUGUUUAGAAUCUUGGCUAAGAUUCAAACAUCUAGAAUUUUUAGCAAAAGCAAUUUUAGUACCAUUCUUUUGGAAACACCCAAGAACUAAGAUUAUGGGAAAUAAAAUUCAACUAGAAAUUCAUGCCCCCAAAGACAACAUUUAUUGAAAAUUUGUGUUUAGCAUCAAUGGAGGAGGUUUUCACAAUAGAGGCUCCUUCCAAGGAUGAAAUCAUAGGACCAGCUCUAUCCCUUCCCUCUCCAAAAAACAAAACAAACACACAAAAUGUUUUGAGAAUGACAAGUAUUUCCUUUUUUCCUCUAAAGCUUCAUCUUUUCAACCACAAAUUUUGAAACCCAAUACAACUAUUGAUUGUAUGUUUGGAUUUUCACAUUGAGUUUUCGGCAAAUUUGUCCAACUGAGAAGAUAUUAGAUUGUUGUAUAGACACUAUUCUGAAAAAGUUCUGAGGAACUUUUCAAAAUGUCAUCUGGGUAACAUGAAAAUGCAGAUGCAAUAAUGCAAUUAACUAGAUUAUAUUCUGGCUGGCAAAUAACUAAGAACUUUAUUUUCAUAAGCCAAAAUGAAAAAAAAAAAGUCAUUUCAGUUCUAGUCCAAUUAAUCUCCUCCAAAAUAAAAAAGGGAAAUUUUGACUUUACUUUUCAGUAUUCUUCUUGGUCCUUUCUAAACAUUAUCUCAAUCAUCUCAAGGUGUCUAAAUGAUUUCUGUAUGUAUGAAUCUGUGGUCUAGUAAGCUAUGUUGAUUGAUAAUGAUGUUCAUAAUACUUGCAUGCACAAUUAAACAUGAACAGCUGGAGAUAUUCUCUCUAACUUGCAAUUUGAAGGCAGAAACUUAACAUGGACAAAAACCUUGCAUAUAAAUGUUAUGUAUAAAUUCAUUUGCUUCAUUGUGAUUGUGGUACUCUCACUUCUUAUUCGGGUUUUGGUGGAUGGAUGGAUUGCAAUUCAAAAUUGACAUAAUUCGGAUUAGUAUUCAAACAUCCCCAUCCUUCUCUCUAUUGCAUUUUGAUGAUGUUGGCUUGAAGACGAUAUUAACAUACAUAUCUGGCACAGGAAAUGUGCACAGAAUGAAAAUGCCAAAUCCUAAAUGUUCAUCUCUGUCAAUUUAAUGUGAAAACCAUUCUUUACCAUAAAUUCCUUCUAAAAAGGCAAAAAAAAAAAUUAAAACUUGUUGGAUGGGGAAAAAUUGUAAAAGUGCCAUAUGUAACCGGCUAUCCUUUGAUCUUUUAACAUUUUGUUGCCUUUUCAAAUCAGCUGUGAUACAUAUUUGAUUGGAUGAUGAGAAACAGUUAAGAUACAGAUAAUUUAAACACAAUUGGCAUCUACUUCUGAGCAAAGAUGAUGACACUUAGUUGAAUCAUCUUUUGCUUUUGGGCAGUAUUCAGUAUUGUGGCCAGCUCUGGUUCUGGGUCCAGAGCCUGGAUUUCUCUUGCAGAGAGUCUCCUUUCCCUGAAUCAAGUUGAGAGUCUCAUAACUGGGUUAUCCCAGGCAUCCCCAGGUCACUUGAUACUAAUAGGUUCAAACCAAUGUGAAAUGUUGCAUAUGCUUGUCAGAAGUGUUCACUGUGUUAGUUAUACUUUGCUUAAGUGUUUUUCUUUGUUAUAAUAAGGAGGGUUCUAUGGAGGGGGCAGAGAUAUGUACCAGGAAAUGAUUGUGAUGUGAAAAAUAAAAAGCAUCAAUAAAAUUGAAAAAAAAAA